UAUUUUUUGUCUUUUUACUUGUAGAUUAUAGUAUUUAAUGAAAAAUCCAUGCUUAAGGGGUGAAAAUGGCAGGCUUCCUAGAUAAUUUCCGUUGGCCAGAAUGUGAAUGUAUUGAUUGGAGUGAAAGAAGAAAUGCAGUGGCUUCUGUGGUAGCAGGUAUAUUGUUUUUUACAGGUUGGUGGAUAAUGAUUGACGCAGCCGUGGUAUAUCCUAAGCCAGAACAGCUGAACCAUGCCUUUCACACAUGUGGUGUUUUUUCCACAUUGGCUUUCUUCAUGAUAAAUGCUGUGUCCAAUGCUCAGGUGAGAGGUGACAGCUAUGAAAGCGGCUGUUUAGGAAGAACAGGCGCUCGAGUUUGGCUCUUCAUUGGUUUCAUGUUGAUGUUUGGGUCACUUAUCGCUUCUAUGUGGAUUCUUUUUGGCGCGUAUGUUACCCAAAAUACUGAUGUUUAUCCAGGACUAGCUGUGUUUUUUCAAAAUGCACUUAUAUUUUUUAGCACUCUGAUCUACAAAUUUGGAAGAACUGAAGAGCUAUGGACCUGAGAUCACUUUUCAAAUCACAUUUUCCUUUUGUUAUAUUCUAUUUGUAGAUAAGUUUUUAUCUCUCAAUAUAAUUUACACAUUGCCAAAUGGAAUAGAUUGUACAUUAAAUGUUUUGUUUCUUUACACUAUUAUGCUCUAAGUUUUGAGAUAGUUUUAUGAAAUUUCUGUCCUUUUUUUCAUUGAAUAGAUUAUUAAUAUGUACAUGAGACUAUAUAGAUGGGAUGAUGAGUGUCAGUGUUUUAUUCUUAAAGACUUCAAGUUUAGUCUGUUCCCUGAGCCAGAGUUGUAUCAUCAUGUCAUUUUAGAAUUAACUACUUUGUCUCAGUAUCGCUCAUUUUCAAAGAUGUGCAAAGAACACAGCUCCUUAUAGCUGAAAUAAGCAUUGAGCCAUUAAAAAGGGUAUUUCAGCAAGUUUUAAUUUAUUUUGGCUUAAAAAUGAGAUUUUUUUUAAAGGAAAAAAGUGUUUGCUCUUAUGUAUAAAAGAAGUGGACUUUUAUAUGAAGAUUUUUUUAAAUGCCUGAAGGACUAGUUUGAAAGCCUCUUUUAAAAACAAUUCCUCUAAUAUGACUUGAUUUGCGAAGGGACGAUACUAGAGCAGAUAGGCUCAGUUUUGUAUGGCUGGUGCAAGGAGACCGUAAGGCAGCUCAGCAGCAUGCUUCUUAAAAAAGCAGCUUAAACAAUCCAUCCCCGGGGUUCUCUUUUGACAGCCUACUAUUAUCUGACGUUACAAAAUUCAGUAUCAAGCAAGUUUGAGACAAGUGCACUUUAAAAGCAUGAACCAUAUAACAAAAGGUGGAAUAAUUAGUUUCAAGAUAAAGCACUUCUUCCCAAAGCGGAUUAUUAUGACCUAGUGAAAAAGUAGGCAUUUCAUCCACUUACUUACUGACUGCAAGUCUCUCUUCGCUCUGGCGCUCAAGCUUUAGGGUGAACUCUUCCUGCAAAAUACAUGUUUAACCUGAAAGUUCAUACUCCAGGCAGAAACUUCUUUUGCUGAGUUUGGAACACUGUGUUUGCACUGUGUGUAUUCCCGUGAGAGAUUUCAAAGGGACCAUUGGGUCUUUAUUUCUACUUUUCCUUUCCUUUGUUACACAGGUUUUGUGUUGCACUUUUUUUCUCCAGAGGGAUUUUUCUAGAGCCUUUUGCUGUCAGACAGAAUAAUAUCAACGGUAUUAUAUGCAGCUUCUAAUAUAAGCCUUAUUUUGCUUAACGUCUGUCCUCCCUGAGGACUUAGUGUGCACAGAGUAUGAAGCGGCUGUGGAAUGCUGUGCCUUUGUCUGGAUACCGUCCUGUUCAGUUACUUCUUUCUCUGUUGUUUUUUUUCCUCAGAAUGUCGGUAAACUCUGUCUUGCUUCCAACAGAUUGUAAGACUAAUUACUUGUUUCCAUUCCCUUGUAACCUGUUGCAAUAAAUACUACUUCUCAAACGUU